AUGCUCAGUUCGGUGCGCAUGCUCAGUACACCCAAGUAGGGAAUUGGGAGCGAGUGCUGUUUGAGUAGGUUCACCGGCAGGGGGCUGAGGCAGAGGCAGCAGCGGCUGUUGUAGAUCAGGAGGGGGGAGGGGGGAAGAAGGUACAUGUGCUUUGUAGCUUUCCCCUCCCCUCCCCCCAGCACUCACCUGGAGGAGACACCGAGGGGGCUUCCGGUCCGGUGGGAGACAGGAAUCUCUGCAGUGGACCUCACUCACCUUAGCAGCUGCUGGGUCUUUGGUGCUUGGCAGAGUCCAGAGCGUCUGUCUGCAGGGAGAGAGCCUGGGGGGAAUCGGGCUGUGACAUGCACUCAAGCCCCUUCUGAAACCUUCCCAAUCGCCCAGACAGGCUGAGGAAUCACAUCCAGAUUUCACUAAAGAUCGUCCCUUCUUCCAGGUGACAGGGAAGGGAAAUGGCUGUGAUGGAGUCAACUCAGAUGCCGGUGACCUUCGAGGAGGUGGCUGUGUAUUUCACCCAGGGGCAGGGAGCUCUGCUGGACCCCAGUCAGAGAGCCCUCUACAGGGACGUCAUGCAGGAGAACUAUGAGAUGGUGACCUCGCUGGGAUUUCCCAUUCCCAAACCUGAACUGAUCUCCCACCUGGAACGAGGGGAAGAACUGUGGGUCCCGGAUCUCCAGGUCUGUGAGGAAAGAGAGAUCCUGAGAGGCAAUCGCACAGCAGGUGAUGAGACAGUGGAUGAGAAGAAGGAGGGGAAUCAUCAUGAGGAAGUUCCUAGGGAAGUGGAACCACAGGGGACCUUUGUGGGAAGAGCUGAAGGGAGUUUAUCCCAGUGCUUGGAAGAGGGAGAAGACUGGGGAAAUUGGCAGAAGUCAGAGAGGCGACUGAAAAACCACCGAAAGAAGAAAGUGGAUGAAUAUAUUAUAUGUGCAGGAGGAGACAAGGAUCCCACAGCCCAACAGACCAAUCCUAAGGAAGAGAAACCCUAUCAGUGCCUCGAAUGUGUAAAAGGGUUCAUUUUCAGAUCACAGCUUGUGACACAUCAGACAAUCCAUACUGGAGGGAAACCCCUUCAAUUCUUAGCCCAUGGGGAAAGCUUCAAUAACUGCUCAGAUCUUAAUAACCAUGGGAAAAGCCACAUGGGAGAGAAACCCUAUCAAUUCCUCGAAUGUGGAAACUGUUUGAAUUGGAAGUCAGAAUUAAUUACACAUCAGAAAAUCCAGACAAGGGAGAGACCCCAUAAGUGCUUGGAUUGUGGAAAAAGUUUCAUAGAGAGGUCACACCUUAUUGAACAUAAAGCAAUCCACACAGGAGAGAGACCCCACAAGUGCUUGGACUGUGGGAAAAGUUUCAUACGGAGGUCAAACCUUAUUAGACAUCAGGCAAUCCACACAGGAGAGAGACCACAUAAUUGCUUUGACUGUGGGAAAAGUUUCUUUGACAGAUUUGCCCUUUCUAAACAUCAGGCAAUCCACACAGGAGAGAGACCCCACAAGUGCUUGGACUGUGGAAAAAAUUUCAUAUGGAGGUCAAACCUUGUUAAACAUCAGGCAAUCCACACAGGAGAGAGACCCCACAAGUGCUUGGACUGUGGGAAAAGUUUCACACAGAGGUCAAGCCUUGUUAAACAUCAGGCAAUCCACACAGGAGAGAGACCCCAUAAGUGCUUGGACUGUGGGAAAAGUUUCAUAGAGAGGUCACACCUUAUUAAACAUAAAGCAAUCCACACAGGAGAGAGACCCCACAAGUGCUUGGACUGUGGGAAAAGUUUCAUACAGAGGUCAAACCUUAUUAGACAUCAGGCAAUCCACACAGGAGAGAGACCACAUAAUUGCUUUGACUGUGGGAAAAGUUUCUUUGACAGAUCAUCCCUUUCUAAACAUCAGGCAAUCCACACAGGAGAGAGACCCUACAAGUGCUUGGACUGUGGAAAAAAUUUCAUAUGGAGGUCACACCUUGUUCAACAUCAGGCAAUCCACACAGGAGAGAGACCCCACAAGUGCUUGGACUGUGGGAAAAGUUUCAUAGGGAGGUCACAACUUAUUAAACAUGAAGCAAUCCACACAGGAGAGAGACCCCACAAGUGCUUGGACUGUGGGAAAAGUUUCAUACAGAGGUCACACCUUAUUAGACAUCAGGCAAUCCACACAGGAGAGAGAUCCCACAAGUGCUUGGACUGUGGGAAAAGUUUCAUAGAGAGGUCACACCUUAUUAAACAUAAAGAAAUCCACACAGGAGAGAGACCCCACAAGUGCUUGGACUGUGGGAAAAGUUUCAUACAGAGGUCACACCUUAUUAGACAUCAGGCAAUCCACACAGGAGAGAGAUCCCACAAGUGCUUAGUCUGUGGAAAAAAUUUCAGACGGAGGUCACACCUUAUUAGACAUCAGACAAUCCACACAGGAGAGAAAUCCCACAAGUGCUUAGACUGUGGGGAAAGUUUCAGGAACAGAUCAGCCCUUUCUAAACAUCAAGCAAUCCACACAGGAGCUAAACUUCUGUGACACUGAGAGAGAAAGGGUUAAGCAACUUGCAUGUAAUAGAUCCAGUUCAACCUUUAGAGACAUGUUAAAAAAGUGUGUCCAUGUUAGAUAAGUUUACAUUUCAAAGCUCAAACUUAUGUUAAAGACCUGGAAGAAGAUGGUAACUGUAGUAGGCUAUAAAAAGCUACAAAGAGUCCUAUGGCACCUUAUAGACUAACAGAUGUAUUGGAGCAUAAGCUUUUGUGGGUGAAUACCCACUUUGUCAGAUGCAUGUGGUGGAAAUUUCUAGAGGCAGGUAUAAAUAUGCGGGCAAGAAUCUGCCUAGAGAUAAUGAGGUUAGUUCAAUCAGGGAGGAUGAGGCCAUCUUCUAGCAGUUGAGGUGUGAACACCAAGGGAGGAGAAACUGCUUUUGUAGUUGCCUAGUCAUUCACAGUCUUUGUUUAAUCCUGAGCUCAUUGUGUCAAAUUUGCAAAUGAACUGAAGUUCAGCAGUUUCUCUUUGGAGUCUGGUCCUGAAGUUAUUUUGCUGCAGGAUUCCUUUUAAAUUUGCUAUUGUGUGUCCAGGGAGGUUGAUGUGUUCUCCUACAGGUUUUUGUAUAUUGCCAUUCCUAAUAUCUGACUUGUGUCCAUUUAUUCUUUUACGUAGGGAUUCUCCAGUUUGGCCGAUGUACAUAGCAGAGGGGCAUUGCUGGCACACGAUGGUGUAUGUUACAUUGAUGAACGUACAAGUGAAUGAACCGGAGAUGAUGUGGCUGAUCUGGUUAGGUCCUGUGAAAGUGAAAUGAAUUAUAUUAAAGAAAUAGAAUGAAUUAAAGAAUGCUGUAUGUACCUUUAAGUAGAAAUGAGAAAUGCUGCAAGCCAGGGGGGCAGAAAAGCAGACAUUAACUGCUUAACUUGCCACUUAAGGGCAAUUGGUGAAGCAUUAGUCUUAGAUCGAUAAGCGUUAACAAGGAAGUAGGAUAUGCAUAUUGUGCUCCAUGCAUAUUUUACAAUUUUGCUCUCUCUGUCCCUUUGUUUAGUUCACACCCUUUUAUCUGUAUAAAUAAGACUGUUUGAAUCUUGCAUGGAGGCUCACAUUAUCUGAAUGUAUUAGCAGAGCGCUGUGCUAAUAAAACAGAGUGGUCUGACAAACUGAGUCCUGAGUCUAACUUUGACAAUUUGGAGGUUCCACCGAGAUGGCAACCGUCUUCACUGGGGCUGUGUGAUUCCUGACUGUUUUUGUAGGACGACCGUGGUAGCCGGCACCUGGGCAUUUGGCCCGAGCGGUCCUCCUCCUGAACGGAAGGGCGCACGACCACAGUGAGGUCUACGCCAUUGAACCUGUUGGUUCCCACUCUGUUCUGGUACGGAUCCCAGGAUCUGACAUCAGGAAUCUGGUCAGGUAAUUAUUUCUGUGUUUUGUCCGGACUGAGGACUGUCCUGUCUCUGUGUCUAUCUGUCCUCCUGUGGAGUGUUUGAGUCUGGGUGCCAUCUCCGUCCGGGGAUCGGCCGACCAAGGGGUUCCUGUCCCCGAGGUCUGAGUGAGUGAAAUCUGAACAAUCGCAGCCGCACCACACCUUGGGUAAAACCCUUGGUGUGAAAGCAAGGGCGACUGAGUCAGUAGCCUGUGGGCUCCUUUUGUGUGUUGCACCGGGCAUCGCUCUGACGAACCCGAAUUUCCUUCUUGUGUGAUUGGUGUGUGUAAAGUCCUCCUGUAUUGGUAACCAGACGUCUAAGUCGGGACAGUUCCCUAAAGGAAAGCCGGCUCAGUUUUAGGAAGGGUCCGGACUCCUGUAAAUUUCUGGAAAAAUGGUCUAGGCUAACUCAGGGAGAUCCCAAAACUCAGUGGCCACUGUUAAAACCUUGGAACAAGGACCGAGUGGACAUCUUAAAAAAACAAACUCGGCCAGCCUAAAACUAAAUUGGCUAAAGGAGAGGUUAAUUGUUUCAUGCAGUGGUGGGAAGAGGCAAAUCGUAGGUGGACAAAAUCAAAACUCGCCUCUCUCAAAUAUUCAAAUAAUAAAUUAAAAGCUUUAU